GGGAGCGAAAGCGAAAGCGUGCGGCGGAGCAGGAAGCGAAAGCGAAAGCGGGAGGCGGCGCGGGAUCAUGGCGGCGGUGCCGCCGCUGCUGGUGCGGCUGAGCCCGGCGCCCGCCCGCGCCGAGAAGGCGAUCCUCAAGCUCCAUGCGUACUUCCAGUCGGGAAAGCGGUCGGGGGGCGGCGAGUGCAACGUGCGCCUGGGCCCCGAGCCCGGCACCUACUGGGUGGACUUCUCUGAGGAGCAAGAUAGGAAGAGUGUGGAAUCCCGCAGGAAACACACCUUGGAACUGGAUGCAAAGUGCCUGGACAUAGUCAUCCUGUCGGAAGAAGGGAACCCGGGCAAGAGCCAGGUGACAGAGCAGGCUUCUGCCAGCUACAACAACGUCGCUGCCAGCCCUUCCCUGCCCCAGCAGGAGCAGAGGGACAACGGUGGCUGUGGGGCCACAGCAAAGGAAGAAGACCUUACCAAAAAGAUAUUUCUUACAGUAUCUGCUACUUUGAAUGCCAGUAUGUUCACCGAAGACCAAAGGGAGAAAAUUACCAUUAUGUGUCCAAACUUAAAGAGAGAAGGAAACCCUGGCAUGGAUGGCUCUGAGAAAUUGACGGGCGAUUUUACAGAUAUCGAAAAAGCUUAUCACUACUUUGAGGAUAUCCUUGCAGGCAAAGACCCAAACCAUGAUUUUUCACAUUCUGAAUAUAAGAAUGGUUUGAAAGAUGAAAAUGGUCUGAAUACUGAAGAAAUGGAUGAGUUCACGGUAGUGACAGCUCUCUAUGAGUAUUUUAGUCAUACUCGCAAAGAAGAAAUCAAAGAACUAUACAAAAGGUUUGGAGCACAUAUAAGAAUUAAAGGUCAUGACAAGGAAAACACAUUAAUAUACCUAUCUUCUGAUAAAAGUCCUGCAUUUUUACAAGCAGCUAGUGAUUUUUUUAUCAAAACUUUUCAGGAAGCUACAAAAGAUCUGACACAGGAAAAAGUUCCCAUAACAAACAGUUACACACUAAAAGAGACAAUAAUGAAAUUAAAUGAAAGGUUUAGAAAUCUUCUUGCUAAAGAGGAAGGGAAUGAGUUGUUACUCCGUGGUCCAGGGAGUGAGAUUUUAGCUGCUCAGAAGUUUCUAGCAGAGGAAGGUGAGAACAGCCAAGCUGAAAAGAAUAUGAAAAUAUUGUCUGAAUGGUAUGAAUACAGAAAUGGAAUUGAAGUUGAUGCUUCUAUGUUUAAAUUGCUGGAAACCAUAUUAAGCAAAGAAAUUGAAGACAUAAAUGGCAAAUUUGAUACACUGGUAGAAAUAAAAGAUAAGUCAUAUGGCAAGAAGAUCAUAAUAUUCAGCCCUAAACCCAAAACAUUUGAUAUGUCAUCACAUGCUACUGAAAGUUUCAUCAAUGCAUUUCAGAAUGCCUCCGCAAUGUUAAGAGAAAAAACAGUCAGCAUAAAGCUUUCAGAAGAUCAGAAGAAAACUCUAAAUAUGCCCCUUAAUGCUAAGAAAUUUGAAGAUCCUAAUGUAAAACCUAAGAAGAAAGAAGAUAAGUUAAGUAUAAGUGGUUUGCCAGACAAUCUUUAUGCUCCUGAAAAGUACACUAAGGCCCCUCUUAACACUGAAGACUCAACACAAACUAAAAAUAGGGCACCACUGUUCUCUGACCUCAGCCCUCAAAAAGCUACAGGAGCAUCUAAGAAGUCCAGUAUUAGACAAAAGAAUAAUGUUUCUUCUGAGGGACAGGCUCAGGCAAAGACAGAAGUAAACGAAGAAGAUGAAUGUCCAAUUUGCAAGGACAGAAUUAAAAAUAAAAAAACACUAGAAAAGUGCAAACACGCAUUUUGCAAAAUUUGCAUUGACAAAGCCAUGACUUAUAAGCAAGCUUGUCCUGUUUGUAAUACCAUCUGUGGAGUCCUGACAGGAAACCAACCAGAGGGAUCAAUGUCCAGUAAAAUAUUGAGUUUCCCUCUUCCUGGUUAUCCCAAUUGUGACACUAUUCAAAUUGAGUAUAUUAUGGAUGGUGGUAUUCAAACUAGCAGCCAUCCAAACCCAGGGCAGCGUUACGGGCCAGCUCACCGAACAGCAUAUUUACCUGACAAUGAGGAAGGGCGAGAAAUUCUGAAGCUCCUGAGAAGGGCCUUUGACCAAAAAUUGAUUUUCACAGUAGGGCAGUCACGUACUACUGGUGAAAAAAAUGUUAUCACAUGGAAUGAUAUUCACCACAAAACUGCUAUUACAGGAGGACCUACCCAGUUUGGUUACCCGGAUUCCUCUUAUCUGCAGCGCGUUCGAUCAGAAUUGAAAGAGAAAGGAAUUGAAUAAGGAAAUUAUGAACUCUCAACUCUUAAGUGCAGUGACUGAACAUACAGCAGUUAAUGUACUGUUCAAGCUCUGAGGGAAGUUACUUUGUUUAACUGCCAUACUUAAAUUACUUGUUAGCUAAGAAAAGUAAUCUUUUCUCAUAAAAUGUAUAUUCUUUUCACAAAUUAUUUACUUCCCUGUAGAUGUAGCCUUUACAGAAUUUGGUUCUUGUGCAUGUGGUAUCAAUACUGUUUGCACUUUGUAUAUCUUGCUUUUCCAGCAAAUCCCAUCUGCACUUUUCCUCACAGCUCUCCAGUCUGAUUUCCAAAACCCUUAGAUCCACUACUGGCUUUUAUUAGAUGAAACACUUCUCUUAGCUUUGUGUUAUGAUGUCUGCCAGCAUGGCUAGCAUCAUGUAACCCAUCAAAUCGAAAAUUCUUACGCAGCUGUGACAGUGUUAGCUGUGAUAAGGCUAUGGACUUUUGCUUCUUUUCCUGGUACAAAUGGCCUUAGUGGUUUGGGUUUUGCUUGUGAAAUUAGCCAUGGAUCAUGUGCAAGUGGGUGGUACAUGGAUGCUACUGCAUUUUUAGCUCUGUAGAAGUGCUGAGUGCUGAGAGCUGCGUUGGACCAAAUGGGAAGUAACCGUGUCUGUGGCCAUAUCUGACAGUGGGCUCCUUGGUUCUGUGCCUGCCAUUGUGCUUAAACUUAAAUACAACUUUUAAAUCAGUUUUUCAACUAUAAAAUUGUAUUCUUUCAAUUGCAUCCAAUAUAGGUUUAAAUUGUAUCAUAAAGCUACUCUGCAGUGCCUAAAUAAUCUUCUGAGUACCUGUGUGGUGGUGUGUCACACACACAGACAUAAUUUUUAGUGAGUUGAACCAUUUCUCUAAGGCUAAUAAAGCACAAUUCUUAAAGAAGAUAUAAAAAUGUCACAUGUUUCUGCAUUCUUCUGUACAGGUUUUUCCUCCUUUUUUGCAAUACAUAUAGCUGUGUAAUUUUUUUUAAUUUAGGAGCUUUCCUACAACACCAUGUUUUGGCGCAGUUUGAACUCAUGCCACCUCCCUUUUUAAGAAUGUAUUAUUAAAAAAAAAAAAAAAAAGAUUCCCAUAUGGUGAAUAGGCAGUACAACUUUGCCACCUUGACUUUCAGGUUUAGUAGUAGUGUGCACU